AACAUGGCAUAAAAAACAUGACAGAAGAUUUCAACUGCCGGCAUGCCUUCCCAAACUCACUGAUUCUUGUUCUCACAACUGCAAACAGACGCAUGCGCACAGACACAGACUUCUGGGUACUUUUCCAACACCAAGUCUCCUCCCAAUUCGACAGCCCCUCCCCUUUCCUUUUCACUGCCUCUCCCUGAUGACCAAUGUUUGUAAACCCCAGGCACGUGCGUUUAUGUGGCUAUAAAGGCAGGCAGAUAAAAGUUCAGUCAAACAGAAACAGACAGUUUAACAGAUUACCAGAUGAAUCUGUGGGUCAGUCCAGAUCUCAUUGACUACAAUACACAUGCACAUACAGAAUCCAAAGAAAUGACAGACAACAUGAACGUAUGGGCCCAGCUCACCCAUCCCUGUGGACCUACUUGCCUGGGUCCUCUGACCUUCCACCCUGGGGCCGUGGGCAAGAAGGUCACCCUCAGCCAUGGGAACUGCAGGGCCUCGAGGGACUUGGAGACCUUCAAUGAUGGCUUGGUGUUCAGCAGUCGCCCGGUGAAGCGUGAGGAGCAGGUGCAGAUCAAGGUGGAGCGCAGCCUUUUAGCCUUUCAGGGCGCUGUGCGGGUGGGCUUCACCAACGUGUGUCCAACCACCCGCCCUCUCCCACCCCUGGCCAUACCUGACCUCACAGACAGACCCGGGUACUGCGCGCUGCCAGUGCCUCAUAGUUGCUGCCCGCCUGGCACCACAAUCACCUUCUGGAUGACCCGUAAGGGACACCUGGGUUACAAGACAUCCACUGGAAUGUGUAAAAAUACGAAGACUGAUUUGGACGUCACUCUUCCCCUUUGGGCCCUUAUUGAUGUCUACGGGCAGUCGACCACAGUGCUCUUACUCGGUUCUGCAAGGAGGACUUUUAAGUUUAUUAGAGAAUCCUGCCCUGUUCCUCACAGCUUAUUUCAAUGUGGCUAUGAAGAUACCCCACCUCGGUUAAAGAGACGGAUAGAGAUGGCUCAAGAGGACCAAAGCAACAAUAACAAACCUCCAACAGAAUCCAGGUCAGAGGACUUGUGCUCGGUGUGCCAGGAUCGUGAAGCUAGUUUGGCCCUCCGCUGCGGACAUCGCUGCCUGUGCCUCCCCUGUGCCAACAGGGUGUUUGCAGAGUUCGGGACGUGUCCUCUGUGUCGGCAGAGUGUCUAGAAGAGUUUGGGACGUGUCCUCUGUGUCGACAGAGUGUCUAGAAGAGUUUGGGACGUGUCUUCUGUGUCAGCAGAGUGUCUAGAAGAGUUUGGGACGUGUCUUCUGUGUCAGCAGAGUGUCUAGAAGAGUUUGGGAUGUGUCUUCUGUGUCGGCAGAGUGUCUAGAAGAGUUCGGGACGUGUCCUCUGUGUCGACAGAGUGUCUAGAAGAGUUCGGGACGUGUCCUCUGUGUCGACAGAGUGUCUAGAAGAGUUUGGGACGUGUCCUCUGUGUCGGCAGAGUGUCUAGAAGAGUUCGGGACGUGUCCUCUGUGUCGGCAGAGUGUCUAGAAGGUUCCAUGCGGUGGUUGUGGUGCUGCCGUGCUGCCCACAGGCUGAUAAGGACACUGACAGGUUUCAGCCCAGAUGUGUCUGGUAGACACUAGAAGUAUACCUGCACCAAACCUCAAGCAGUGCUAUAUGUUAUUGCACUCUGAUCAUAUUGUACAGCAUUUAUGCACUUUAAAUACUGUUUUGAAUACUCAUUUUGUAAAGCAUUUAUGCACUUUAAAUACUGGUUUGAAUACUCAUUUUGAAAAGCAUUUAUGCACUUUAAAUACUGGUUUGAAUACUCAUUUUGAAAAGCAUUUAUGCACUUUAAAUACUGUUUUGAGGAAGACUUUUCCCAUGUUUGAUCAAUGUGACUUGUUUAAGGUUUACAAAAAAUGUACCAAACUGAUCAAAAAGUAUAAUCUGUCUACUGAGGGAACUGUUUAUACCAUAAAUUGUAUAUUUUGAGUCCUGUUUACAAUUUAAAUGUGGUACUUGUAAAUAUUUGUGAAUACAUUUGUCAAUAUUUGUAAAUAUAAUUAAAUCAUGGCUUGUCAAAACAUA